AAUUGGUGAUUUUGUUCUUAAUUUUGAGCUACCAAAAUCAUCGAAUUAAAUGUUAAUCUCUUGAAUUCUGUUUCGGUGGUAGUUUCUUGGUUUGAAAUCAUAGCUGCAGCUUCAUGCCGAAUUCUCACUGGUUCUAGAUUUAGAGUUUAGCUUUUUUUUUUUACUUUACUCGGAUAUGAAUACUGAGUAAGGAAUUGAGUCAACUCGGAUGUGAAUACUGAAUAGUUUUUGUUCUAGCUAGAGUUGCAAAACUAAGAGAUUCAGCUACUGAAGCUACUUUAGUGUCAUUCAAACUGAAUUGAAAUGAUGUGUGUGAGUGUGACUGUACCUAAUUUUUCAAACUCAGGCAUUUUCGACUGUGCCAACACCUUAAGUCUCACUGAUUUUGACUUUGAUCCGCGAGCUAAGCUUAAGGUCUGAAUGAGUUUCUCAGACUUUGUAGAUUGUGCAAGCUACAUGUCUGAUUGGGUUUGAUGAAUUGCUUUAAAGCGCAGCCAAUGCUCCGGGUGACCAACAUUUGUUCCUGAUUCAUUUCCUAUUGAUUCGUAUUGUCUGUGCACACAAGAGAAAUUUCAAGAAGUUGUUACUAAAAGAGAGGCCACAAGUGGAUAUUGUCUUUGUUAUCAAGUGUUAGUACAGAAAAGUGGUGAGAAAGUAAUAUGGCUGAUACCAGUCCGAGAACUGAUGUCUCAACAGAUGACGACACAGAUCAUCCUGAUCUUGGGUCGGAGGGAGCACUAGUGAAUACUGCUGCUUCUGAUUCGAGUGACCGAUCGAAGGGAAAGAUGGAUCAAAAGACUCUUCGUAGGCUUGCUCAAAACCGUGAGGCAGCAAGGAAAAGCAGAUUGAGGAAGAAGGCUUAUGUUCAGCAGCUAGAGAACAGCCGCUUGAAACUAACCCAGCUUGAGCAGGAGCUGCAAAGAGCAAGACAGCAGGGCGUCUUCAUUUCAGGCACAGGAGACCAGGCCCAUUCUACUGGUGGAAAUGGUGCUUUGGCGUUUGAUGCUGAACAUUCACGGUGGUUGGAAGAAAAGAACAAGCAAAUGAACGAGCUGAGGUCUGCUCUGAAUGCGCAUGCAGGUGAUUCUGAGCUUCGAAUAAUAGUCGAUGGUGUGAUGGCUCACUAUGAGGAGCUUUUCAGGAUAAAGAGCAAUGCAGCUAAGAAUGAUGUCUUUCACUUGCUAUCUGGCAUGUGGAAAACACCAGCUGAGAGAUGUUUCUUGUGGCUCGGUGGAUUUCGUUCAUCCGAACUUCUAAAGCUUCUGGCGAAUCAGUUGGAGCCAAUGACAGAGAGACAGUUGAUGGGCAUAAAUAACCUGCAACAGACAUCGCAGCAGGCUGAAGAUGCUUUGUCUCAAGGGAUGGAGAGCUUACAACAGUCACUAGCUGAUACUUUAUCGAGCGGGACUCUUGGUUCAAGUUCAUCAGGGAAUGUCGCAAGCUACAUGGGUCAGAUGGCCAUGGCAAUGGGAAAGUUAGGUACACUCGAAGGAUUUAUCCGCCAGGCUGAUAAUUUGAGACUACAAACAUUGCAACAGAUGAUAAGAGUAUUAACAACGAGACAGUCAGCACGUGCUCUACUUGCAAUACACGAUUACUUCUCACGGCUACGAGCUCUAAGCUCCUUAUGGCUUGCUCGACCCAGAGAGUGAAACUGUAUUUUGGUCACAUGUCAGCUGUACAAAAUCCAUAUGGACACAAAACCAGGAGAGACUAUUAAUCAACACUUGUCAGAUUCUUCUUACCAAAUCCAUCAACAAAUAAGCAAAUUUCUGGGAAACAAAAGACUCUUUGUAUGUAGGUUUCUUCUACAUGGUUGUGGUAAUUCAUGUUGUUUUAGUUGUAGUCAUCAGUUUUUAAUUUAGCAUUUGAAAAGUUCAAUGUUGUUUAUAUAGCAUCUUCGAUUAUCUUAGAAAGGUUAUUGAAUUUUGUUUUUUUUUGUUACUUUUGUGUGUGGUAAAGGUGUUUUAACCUUGCAACUUCUGUACUGUAAUCAUUUAACAAUAUUAAGAUGUUCUAUUUGAGUUUUGU